CUACAACAUUCAUCAGAAACACCCAAAGAGAUGCGGAUGACCAUCCUGAAACAUGAACCUGGUCAAGAUUCACCUCCACAAUAUCCAGACAAUCCCAGAUCUCCAGAUGCCAAUGAGAGGGAUGUUGAAGCAAAUGAUCAUGUUGUGGACCUUCUUCAAGAGAAGAAAGAAACAACAGUGGGGCCAAAGGUUUCCAUCACAGGCAGCACGGUACAGACUCCAGACAGAACACAGAGAGAAACAGACUCUAGAAGCAGCCACGUCCUCAGUACAUCAACUGAUGGAGCGAGCUCAUCUCAACCACAAGACUCACAGAAGGAACAAAUGUGCAAAUUGCGCAGCAAUGUUGCUCAGAGUUGUGCUUAUCCGUUGGAAUCAAACCCCCACCUGUGGGGUCCGAGCAGAGCGAACAGUCUAUUCCGCUCUGCUCAGGUGAACACCUGGAACAGCUGCACCGCUGUGGACAGAGCGCCGUCGUGUGGACUGAACCCGGCAGCAACUGUCAGGACUCCAGCAGCUGCAGGGUUUCCCCUGAGCCUUCAACAGCACGCACUGGUGCAGGACCUGUUGGGUCUUUCACACUUUGGAGGCCUGGUGUUUUAUCCCUAUGCUGGCCUCUCUCUACGGUCCAAAGUGGAUUUCAGAGCCUGCCCGAGUGUCCACAGCCGGGACUACUUCUACUCUCCUAUGUUAUCUUCAUCUGUCCCUCGUGUGAGUGGCGGAGGAUUGAAAUAUCUCGUCCCUGAUCUGCUACUGCUGCCUGCAACAGAGCAGAAGAACUUGGUUGACGAUGCUGACAUUGACUGCAGUCAGGACGAGUCACAAACAGGGAGAAAAUUCUGAUCUAAUCUUAAAUGGAGUUACCACUCUAAAAUGUCCCUGCAUGAGGUGGACCCACUCCCACCUACACACUUAACAACAAUAUGUUGCAGGGCUUGUAAAUACCAUCUUAAAUUGUGAUUUAAUUAAAAUGCAGGUUGGUGGAUGACAUGGAAACUGAAUGAAUGUCUUUUCUUGAGUCAGAAAAUGUCCCACCUUUGAAUCCAGAAAGCAGAAGAAAGGUCCAGUCUGACUUAGGAGGAGCGGAAAUGUAAUAUAAUGAUGUUUUCAUUAUUCAUGAAACUGAGAAUUGUUGUGUUCUUUUGUUAGCUUAGAAUGAGCCCUUCAUAUACUCAUAGCUCUUUCACUGAGUCCGCAAUGAUGCACCACAGACAAACCAAACACAAUCACAUACAGUCAAAUGUCGCGGGUCAAGGUUUGACUCUGCAUGAAGCCAUGCUGCGGAUUCGCUACAGGAAACUAAUGUUCCAUUUGCCCCCUCUCUUGCACAGAUGGGAGGUGAGCAGGGGGCGAAGCUUUGCCACUGCUGCAUUCACGUGUUUGAUCUUGCCCUCAGAAGGGGAGGGGUGAGGGGAGGUGGUUGGUUGCAUUAUGCAUCUUCACCACCAGAUGUCACUACGUCCUACCCACUGAAACUUUAACACAUUUCUGAACAAAGUUUGGCCUUUAAAUUUACCUAAUUGAACUGAGAUGCAAUACACAAAGUCCAAAGAUUUACACACGCACAAAAUUUAAGUCAACACCUCAAAAUACAUUCACUUUCUUGCCAUUUAGAGAAUG